CUCCAGCGCUCCGCGCCUCUCCCACGCUCCUCGCUGACUCCUCGGACCCCAGCAGCCCGCGAAGGAGGCCGUUCCGGGCCGGGAGCCCGUUCCCCAAGACGGACCUGGAACCCGGAAAGGCGGUGCGGCGGAGCCCGGAGCCGGAUCCUGCCUGGGCUGGGCCCCCGCGGGCUGGCGCCGCGGGCAUGUCGGAGGCGCGCAAGGGGACCGACGAGUCGGACGAGAACCAGUAUGAUUCGGGCAUCGAGUCUCUGCGCUCUCUGCGCUCCCUGCCCGAGACCACCCCGACCUCAGCCUCCGGGCCCCCUGGCGGCAGAGGCCCCCAGUCCUGGACCCAUCCUCCGGGAACCGCCAAAGAGCCGCCGGAGAAGGAAGACGCCGACGGGGAGAGGGCGGACUCCACCUAUGGCUCCUCGUCGCUCACCGAGCCUUUGACCUUUUGGGGGAGUCCUGAGACCGAAAACCCGUCCCCAGGCUCGCCGCUUCCCCCAGCUGGGCCGCUGAGUCCUCAGCAGCUGGAAGCACUCACUUACAUCUCUGAGGACGGAGACACGCUGGUCCACCUGGCUGUGAUUCACGAGGCUCCAGCUGUGCUGCUCUAUUGCCUGAAUUUGCUGCCCCAGGAGGUCCUCGACAUUCAGAACAACCUUUAUCAGACAGCACUCCAUCUGGCUGUACAUCUGGACCAGCCAGGUACAGUUCGGGCCCUAGUGCUAAAGGGGGCCAGUCGCAUGCUACAGGACCGACAUGGUGACACAGCCCUGCAUGUGGCCUGCCAGCGCCAGCACCUAGCCUGUGCCCGCUGCCUGCUAGAGGGACAGCUAGAGCGAGGCAGAGGACCACCUCACUCCCUGGACCUCCAGCUGCAAAAUUGGCAAGGUCUGGCCUGUCUCCACAUCGCCACUCUGCAGAGGAACCAGCCACUCAUGGAACUGCUUCUUGAAAACGGAGCUGACAUUGACGUGCAGGAGGGCACGAGUGGGAAGACAGCGCUGCAUCUGGCUGUGGAGACCCAGGAGCGGAGUCUGGUGCAGUUCCUGCUCCAGGCUGGGGCCCGGGUAGAUGCCCGUAUGCUCAACGGGUGCACACCCCUGCACCUUGCUGCAGGCCGGGGCCUCAAGAGCAUCUCAUCCACUCUGCGCGAGGCGGGUGCUGACUCCCUGCUGCGUAACGUGGAGGAUGAGACGCCUCAGGACCUGGCUGAGGAUGUGACACCCCAGGACCUGGCUGAGGAUCCCUUUACUCUUUUGCCCUUCGAUGACCUAAAGAUCUCUGGAAAGCCACUGAUGUGUGCCGACUGAAGCCAGGGCAGGGUCUGGGGCCCCUGAGGCUUCCCAUCUUCCCAUCUGGAAGCUGGAGCCACAGUUGUGCAGUUUGGGCCCAGGCAAUGUGUGCUUCUGGAGUCCUGGGGACUGCUGCUGCCAGCACAGUCCUGAGCUGAGAGGAGGGAUCACAAGUGAGGACAAGCCAGUCUGGAAGGAAGAGCUUCCCAGGUGGACAGAGAUUCUUGGAAGAACGUACCCCCUCCCGCCCCUCCAAAGCCCCACGUAUCCUGGGUGAAGCCUGUUUACCUCUCUGGAAGAUGGCAGUGACUCUUGUUUCUACCCACGUUGGGUCACCCUAAAACUGCCAACAAGUAAGAAAACAAGGACUCUCCUGAGUAAAGAGAGAAACUGCAAUAUGAGCGAGCAGGGCCCUGAGGGCUUCCAUCUCACUGCUAUUGAGAACUGUUGUUUAAAGACUUGACACAGAAGGCCCUGGACUGAGCCUUUGGGGAAGGGGAAGUUUCAAUAACAUGACACUAAAACUGCAAGACUUUUAAAAA